UCAAAUUCCUGCCUGCAGGCAAGCAGCUUACUGGGGAAGAGGCUGUGUUGGUGGCUUCACAGACAUUUUCUCCUACUUCAGCUGGGAUUUCCCCCAAAGAUCUUCUGAGAAGGAAAUCUAGACCAGAAAGUAAAAGAAGAAAUGGCUAGUUCUCAGGGACUGCUGACCUUCAGGGAUGUGGCCAUAGAAUUCUCUCAGGAGGAGUGGGGACGCCUGAGCCACAGUCAGCGGGAUCUGUACAGGGAUGUGAUGUUAGAGAACUAUGGACACCUCCUCUUUUUGGGUCUUGUUGUGUCAAAGCCGGCCGUGGUCAUUUUUUUGGAAGAAAAGAGGGAGCUAUGGGAUGUGAAGAGAAAGGACACAGUAGCCUCAUGCCCAGGCGUGACUCAUGACUCAUUCUCCAUGGAAGAUGAAGGGGAACAUAAUACACCAUAUACAGAGAAAAUCUACAUGGAGAUGCUGUUGGUGAUAUAUUGAUGCAAGUUCUCAUGAAAAGGUGUUCAAAACAUCAUUCUUUUCCCUGUAUUAAAGCUAAAAUCUUAUUGAAUAUUACAAAUAAAAUAAUUUCCCAAUUGGUUUUUAAGGAAAAAAGACUCGGCAGUGCAGUGAAACACUGGUAUAUUUUCACUACAGCAAGAGUUAGAGAAUGUCAGUUGAUGUGGUUGAAAUGAUGAAAUGGUCAUAGAGAUUCAAAAGGGCAUUAUUAACUCUUCACCAAGGUAGUAUACAAUUAUAAAUACAGAGUUUUCAAGAAAGACUCAGGCCUGAAAAUUAUGGAAGUCUGUAUUCCCACAUCAUUUUAUCAAGAAAUACUUUCUGAAGGCUUGCAUUCUAGAUACUGAACAAUG